GCAGGCACAUUAGACCUUUGUUGCCCAGAUCUAUGCCUCUCUGUGAUAUUGUCACAUUUAUCCUAUAAGUACACAGUGGUGGAAAGUCCUAAAGAAAAAAAACAGCAACUUUUCUUCUCGCCCAGACAGAGGAGAAGGCGCUGUGGCCACGGUAUAGGGUGCCGCAUUCUGCUCUCCCUCCUCUUUGGACUGAACAAUCAGAUUAUAGUUUAAUGGAUCUAUUGAAAUGGCUCUUGUUGGGAGCACAGGGCAGGUGUACAAUGGGGGGCCAAGGAAGACUCUCACGCCUAGGUGUGAGCUGAUUAUUCAAAUGGGCUGGCGAGGACUUGGGGAUUGGAGGCUCGUCUCAGGCUGGAUGCUAUAUCACCCAGCAAACUGCUACAACGUCACCACAACAACUGUUAUCAUCAUCAUCAUCAUCAGUGUGACUGUUAGAAGCCAUUGUCAGUAGCAGGCGAACCUGCACUGUCCUCCUCCAACUCCUGCCCAUUCACCCAGGAGCUCCACUGCUGAUCAGAAGAAGAAGGAGAAGCUAGUGAGAUUCCUACUUCCCCCUCCUAGUGCAGAGAGGGAGUGCUGGGGGAGGAGGGCUCCUCUCUCUCUCUCUCUCUCUCUCUCUCUGCUCUCUCUCUCUCUCUCCCUCUCUCUCUCUUUUUGUUGCUAUCACUGGCGUAGUUGUUGCCUGUGGCUGUUAAAUUUUAAACUGCCAUGCACUGUGCUUCCAGUAUGCUAGGAGCUGUGAAAAUGGAAGGACACGAACAUUCAGAUUGGAGCAGCUACUACACCGAACCAGAGGCUUACCCGUCAGUAGGCAACAUGAACGCUGGGCUAAGUAUGAACACCAUGAACACGUACAUGAGCAUGUCCGCUAUGAGCACCGCCGGUAACAUGACAGGAAGCUCCAUGAACAUGUCCUAUGUCAACACUGGAAUGAGCCCAUCUUUGACUGGCAUGUCUCCUGGCACCGGUGGCAUGGCCGGUAUGGGUUCAGGUGUAGGCAGCAUGGGCACCCACCUGAGCCCAAGCAUGAGCCCCAUGAGCGCCCAGGCUUCAUCCAUGAACGCAUUGGCACCUUACACCAACAUGAAUUCCAUGAGCCCUAUCUAUGGACAGAGCAACAUCAACCGAUCCAGGGAUCCUAAGACCUACAGGAGGAGUUACACCCAUGCCAAGCCGCCCUACUCCUACAUCUCGCUCAUCACCAUGGCUAUCCAGCAGUCACCCAACAAGAUGUUGACCUUGAGUGAGAUCUACCAGUGGAUCAUGGACCUGUUCCCUUUCUAUAGGCAGAACCAGCAGCGCUGGCAGAACUCCAUCCGCCAUUCCUUGUCCUUUAAUGACUGUUUCCUCAAAGUGCCCAGGUCUCCAGACAAGCCUGGCAAGGGCUCUUUUUGGACUCUCCACCCAGACUCUGGGAACAUGUUUGAGAAUGGGUGCUACCUGAGGCGUCAGAAACGCUUUAAGUGCGAUAAGAAGCACAGCCCCAGAGAUGGUGGAGGCAAGAAGCUUUCUGAAGGUGGGUCUAGUGUGGGUUCUGCCGCUAAUAGUAGUUCGGAAAGCUCUGGGGGAAACGAAUCUCCUCAUUCCAGCUCUUCGCCAUGCCAUGAGCAGAAGAGGUCUUUGGUGGACCUGAAAUCCAACCAAGGCUUGAGCCCUGACCACAACCCUUCUCCAGUGUCCCAAUCCCAACACUUGCUGUCUCAACACCAUUCAGUGUUGUCCCAUGAUGCCCAGUCCCACCUCAAACCGGAACACCAUUAUUCCUUCAACCACCCUUUCUCCAUUAACAACCUCAUGUCCUCAGAACAGCAACACCAUCACCACCACCACCAUCACAACCACCACCACCAUAAAAUGGACUUGAAAGCCUAUGAACAGGUUAUGCAUUACUCUGGCUAUGGCUCUCCGAUGGCAGGUAGCUUAGCCAUGAGUACUGUAACGAACAAAGCUGCAUUAGAGUCCUCGCCUAUUUCAAGUGACACUUCUUACUAUCAAGGUGUGUAUUCCAGACCAAUAAUGAACUCUUCCUAAUUCUAGACAACUUAAAGGACUUUGAUUGACUCUAUACAUUUAUGUAUAACAUUAGUCUGUGUUUUAACCCCCCCCCCCUAUUUCCCUAAAUUAGAGGUGUACAGUUUUUUUCCUCUCCCCUUAGCUGUCAACUAUCUUCCACUCUGUUUCAUUUUUUUUUGUGUUUUGUUAUGUUGCAGGGAUUUUUUUUUGUUUUUGUGAAUGUGUUGGACCCUUUUUAAUUUUGUGUGAAACUUGUAGUUUCUACCGAGGACCAAAAGUAUGUCAUAUACAUGGUGUAAAAAAAAAAAAAAAAAAAAAAAAAAAAGAUGCGAAAAUAUUGUAAUUGACAAAAAAAGUUAAUUUUUUUAAGUAAAAUGUUUGCAAAAAGGUUUAAUUUAUGGUUCUGUAUACUUUAUUUAUGACUAUGUAUUCUGGCCUGUCCCAGCCGGAGUUUAACAAUCUCUAUUAAAAUUGUAUUGCCAUUUA